AACAGAAAACUAAACUGAACAAUUUGGCAAAAUAUUCUUUUUGAACAACAGAACAUAUAUUCAGUCAUUCCAAGACCUGUGAGCACAGCUGAAACCUCAAACACAGAAAUUUUGUCACACGACAGAAUCAGGAAGCACAUGAACUGCAGACAAACUGAAAGCUGAAGACUUAAAAAGGGAAAUUAAGAGCAAUGGCAGGAUCUUCAUUAGCAUCCGAGGACAGGAGUCUGGAUAACCCGCCAUUAUCUCUGACAGGGGAGCUCCAGUGCUCAAUCUGUUUGGAUUUGUUCACUGAUCCAGUCAGCACUCCAUGUGGACACAACUUCUGUAAGAGCUGCCUGAACCAGUGCUGGAACAACAGUCAGACCUACAACUGUCCAUUCUGUAAAGAAACUUUCAGUAAAAGACCCGACCUCAAGAUCAACACAGCACUCAGAGAGAUUGUGCAGCUCUUUAAGGAAAAGUCUGGUCAGAGUAAACCUGAGGUUCUUUGUGACAUCUGUGAAGAUAUAAAGAUGAAAGCACUGAAGAUGUGCCUGGUGUGUAAGAGCUCUUACUGUAAAACUCACCUGGAGCCUCAUCAAAGAGUCACACAUUUAAAGAAACACAAACUGAUUGAUCCUGGGAAUCUUGAGAACUAUAUAUGUAAGACACAUAGAAAACCUCUGGAGCUGUUCUGUAGAGAUGAUCAGACAUGUGUGUGCUUGCUUUGUGGAAUAAAAGACCACAAGAAUCACAACACUGUUGCUAUAGAAGAGGAGAGCGGAGAGAGGAAGCCUCAUCUGAUGAAGAUGCAGACAGAUGUGCGGCAGAUGAUCCAGAACACAAUGAAGAGAAUAGAAGACAUCAGACACUUAAAAGAAGUAAAAAAUGAAUCAUCAGAGAAAGAGAAAGCAGAGAGCGUUGAGCUUUUUACUUACCUAAUGCGCUCCAUUGAGAGAUGUCAGUUUGAGCUGAUGGAGAUGAUGGAGCAGAAGCAGAAAGCAGCAGUAAAGCAGGCGGACAAGCUGAUUAAAGAUCUGGAGCAGGAGAUCACUGAGCUUAAGAAGAGAGACACUGAGCUGGAGCAGCUCUCACACACUGAGGAUCACCUGCACCUCCUACAGAUUUACCCAUCGCUGAUCAGACCUCCACACAUCAGCAGCUCCACUGAGAUCAGUAUUAGUGACACUCAGAUGAGUGUGGAGACUCUGACGAAAGCUCUAACUCAACUACAGGUGACUCUAGAUGAGAAACUCAACACAACAGUUCAGAAGAUAAUGCAGCAUGCAGAUACAGAAGUCAGUGACACUGAGAUUGUUCACAAGACAGUGCAGCAGUAUGGAGAAGGUGUGACUCUGGAUCCUGAUACAGUUGUGUCUGUUAUCUCCCCAGUUCAGAAGGCAAUGCAGCGACAUGCAGUGGCUGUGACUCUGGAUCCUGAUACAGCUCAUCCAAAUCUCAUUCUGUCUGAUCACGGAAAACAAGUGAGAUAUGGAGACAUUCAACGUGAACUCCCAGACAACCCAGAGAGGUUUGACUGCUGUCUGUGUGUCCUGGCAAAGGAGGGAUUCAGCUCAGGACAAUUUUAUUUCGAGGUGCAAGUAAAAGGAAAGACUGAUUGGGAUUUAGGAGUGGUCAGAGAAUCCAUUAAUAGAAAGGGAAUGAUCACAGCAGUUCCAGAAUCUGGAUACUGGAUUAUAGUGCUAAGGAAUGAGAAUGAGUAUCUGGCUUGUGAAUCGUCCUCUGUUUCUCUGUCUCUGAAAGUGAAGCCUCAGGUUGUGGGUGUGUUUGUGGAUUAUGAGGGGGGACGGGUCUCCUUUUAUGAUGGAGAAUCCAGAUCUCUCAUUCAUUCUUUCACUGGUCAGUCUUUCAUUCAGAAACUCUUUCCAUACUUCAGCCCUAAUGAUAAUAAAGAAGGCAGAAAUGCAGCUCCACUGAUGAUUAGACACAAUAAAUAAAUGUACACCACAAACAUGAAAAUAAGAUUUAAGACUACAGUGCGAAUAUUUUCUGUUUUCAAAUAAUGGGAUAUAUUAUCACACACACACACACACACACGCACACACACACACACAUGUUUGUUUUUGUGAAUUGUGGGGACUUUCCAUAGACUUCUAUAGAUUUUAUACUGACCAAACGAUAUUGUCUAUCCCCUAACCCAACCCUAACCCUAAACCUAGCCCUCACAGAAAACAUGUUUGCAUUGUUACACUUUCAGAUAAACAUCAUUUACUAUUUUAAAUAUUUUUUUAACAUUGUGGGGACCGCAGGAAAAAAAAAAUUCAGGUUUUACUAUCCUUGUGGGGACAUUUGGUCCCCACAAUGUAGCAAAAACAAGUACACACACACACACACACACACACACAUACAUACAUACAUAUGGGUCAAAAAUGCUUGCUCAAGUCAUUUUUAAACUGCUUUAAAGUAAAAUUACAUGUAAAAUGUAUCUGACGCAGCUGUAUGUUAAUAGUUUUUGUUGUUGUUUGUCUGUUUUUAGCAAUUUGUACAUUUCUUUAAUCAACAACAUAAUAAAUUUAAUAAAAUGUCAUAAACACAUGACCCAACAUAUUAUCCUUAAGCAGCUAUAAACAAUAGGUCUACUAUAACUCAGUAGCAUAACAGGUCCUGGUUUCUGGUUUAUGGGGUGUGCGUUAUUAUCAAAAAUGAUAUAAUGUAUGAGGGUGAUUUUUGUGGAUAAUCAUAAUUAAUAUUUUGCUCAGUGUA